GGAGGAUAACGAAUCUAUAAAUAAUAAAUGCAUAUCAUACACGUUGUUGGCCUACCUGAAUAUUUUCAUAAUCUACAGUACACCAUUAAUAUUUAAUAUAAAAUCUAAAAUUUGGAUAAAUAAAAAAGUUAGCUAUUUUUUCGGUCUAUUCAAAACGCAAACCCUCCCUACCUCAUUCCCUCCAUCUCCAUACCCACGCAUGUACCUCUCUCUUCCGGUCUUCCUCUUUCAAAGGCGUUUCUAUCUCCAUACUGCAUACACCUUUCUCCUUCUCUCUCUCUGUACAUAGAUAGAUAGAUUCUACACAUCAAAUCCGAAUCACCACCAUUCCAUUUCUCUCUCUCAUAUUUACAAAUACAUGCUUCCCUUGAUUAAUGGUUGAUUCAAAUGAGGAAUCAACAGAUUCUAUGUCCAUAGACCGUUGUACGCACAAAAUCACCGCCAUUUCUCUUUGGCAUUAGAUUGAUUCUUCAUCUUUCUCCCUCAUAUUUACAAAUAUAUGUUUCCGUUGAUUAAUUGUUGAUUCGGGAGACUGAAUGAGGAAUCAAGAGAUCGAAGGUUCUGACGAUGACGAUAUGGCGUCGUCGACACGACAAGGAGGUGGGAGCUACGGCCCAGUUGUCGCCCAUGAUAAUGAUCCUGUCGUCCUCGAGAUGUCAUCCAUUGAUCCUGGAUCUUCAUCUUCCUUGAAGAAAGUAAAAACUAGGCAGACAAGCACGGGUGCCAGAGAAGAACCAGCACGUAAUGACCGAGGAGGAGAAAAUGGUGGUCAGGGAGAAUCUAAACUGGAAUUAUUUGGAUUUGAUUCUCUUGUAAAUAUCCUUGGUCUUAAAAGCAUGACAGGAGAGCAGAUCUCUGUGCCUAGUAGUCCCAAAAACGGUGAGGAUCAUUCUGUUGCUGAACAAAUUCCAAAGGUUAGCAACGGACACAAAUUGGGAACAAUGAUGGGAGUCUUUAUUCCAUGCUUGCAAAACAUUCUGGGAAUCAUCUACUACAUCCGAUUUUCUUGGAUUGUUGGCAUUGCUGGCAUAAGUCAAUCCCUAUUGUUGGUUACCUUAUGUGGCUUGUGUACUAUUCUGACUUCUGUAUCAUUGAGUGCAAUUGCAACUAAUGGUGCGAUGAAGGGUGGAGGACCUUACUACCUCAUAGGUCGUGCCUUGGGGCCUGAAGUUGGAGUGAGCAUAGGAUUAUGUUUCUUUCUAGGAAAUGCAGUUGCCGGUUCUAUGUAUGUCCUGGGAGCAGUGGAGACAUUUUUAAGUGCUGUCCCAAAGGCUGGCAUUUUUAGAGAGACUGUGAUACAAAUAAAUGAAGCAGGGGUUGAAGAACCAAUUACAACUCCGAGUGUACAUGACUUGCAAAUUUAUGGGGUUGUGGUUACAAUCAUUUUAGUUUUUAUAGUUUUUGGUGGUGUAAAAAUGAUUAACAAGGUCGCACCAGCCUUUCUUAUACCUGUAAUAUUCUCUCUCCUCUGCAUCUUCCUCGGGAUAUUUCUCGCACGCAGGGAUGACGAAACUGGAAUCACUGGGUUGAGUUCAGACUCUUUCAGAGAGAACUGGGGUUCCUUUUACCAAAAAACAAACGAUGCUGGAAUACCUGAUCCUGAUGGUGAAAGAUACUGGAACUUCAAUGCAUUGGUAGGGCUUUUUUUCCCUGCUGUAACGGGAAUUAUGGCGGGGUCUAAUCGUUCAGCUUCAUUAAAAGACACGCAGCGGUCCAUUCCUAUUGGGACAUUAGCCGCGACACUCACCACUACUUUCUUGUAUAUAAUAUCUGUAUUCCUGUUUGGAUCUGUUGCCACCAGGGAGAAACUUUAUACAGACAGAUUACUGACAGCUACUAUUGCCUGGCCGUCUUCAACAAUCAUAUACGUAGGCAUUGUACUUUCAACUCUAGGUGCGGCCCUACAAAGCCUUACGGGGGCCCCGCGUCUUCUUGCAGCAAUUGCAAAUGAUAACAUCCUACCUGUUCUUAACUACUUUAAGGUUCCGGAUUCGGGUGAACCUCAUGUGGCAACCUUGUUUACAACGCUACUGUGUAUUGGGUGUGUCAUAAUUGGGAAUUUGGACCUCAUCUCUCCAACCAUAACCAUGUUUUAUCUUCUGUGUUAUGCGGGUGUCAAUUUAUCAUGUUUUCUUCUUGAUCUCUUAGAUGCGCCUAGCUGGCGUCCUCGCUGGAAGUUUCAUCACUGGAGUGCAUCUUUAUUUGGAGCAUGUCUAUGUAUCGUAAUCAUGCUUCUGAUUUCUUGGUCAUUUACGGUGGUGUCCCUAGCUCUUGCUAGCGUAAUAUACUGGUAUGUCAGCAUUAAGGGAAAAGCCGGUGACUGGGGAGACGGUUUAAAGAGCGCUUAUUUUCAACUAGCUCUUCGUAGUCUUCGAUCUUUAGGAGCCAACAAUGUCCAUCCUAAAAACUGGUACCCGAUACCCCUAAUUUUCUGUCGACCAUGGGGUCAGCUACCGGAAAACGUACCUUGUCAUCCGAAGCUUGCUGAUUUUGCCAACUGUAUGAAGAAAAAGGGCAGGGGGAUGUCCAUAUUUGUGUCCAUUCUAGACGGGGACUACUAUGAGUGUGCCGAAAAUGCCAAAAGCGCCUGCAAGCAGCUCGCUGCGUACACCGACUACAGACAGUGUGAGGGUGUGGCGGAGAUAAUCGUGGCCCCGACCAUGGCCGACGGUUUCCGGGGGAUUGUUCAAACGAUGGGGCUUGGUAAUCUUAAGCCGAAUAUAGUGGUGAUUCGUUACCCUGAGAUAUGGCGUCGGGAGAAUCUGAGGCAGAUUCCGGCCACUUUUGUUUCGAUAAUCAACGAUUGUAUUGUUGCUAAUAAAGCGGUUGUGAUAGUGAAAGGGCUCGAUGAAUGGCCGAAUGAGUUUCAACGACAGUACGGGACGAUCGAUUUGUAUUGGAUCGUUAGAGACGGCGGUCUCAUGUUGCUUCUAUCUCAACUUCUUCUGACAAAACAAAUAUUCGAGAGCUGUAAGAUUAGGGUUUUUUGUGCGGCUGAGGAGGAUUCCGAUGCGGAGGAGCUUAAAGCUGACGUCAAGAAGUUUCUUUACGAUCUUCGAAUGCUAGCUGAAGUCAUUGUGAUUUCAAUAAACUCCUGGGACCAUCUCAACGGCGCGUCUCAGACUCAAGACGAAUCGUUGGAGGCGUUUACCACGGCGCAAGGGCGGAUUAAGGAUUACUUGGCAGAGAUGCAACAGAGGGCUGAGAAGGAAGGGAAGCCGUUAAUGGCGGAUGGGAAGAAUGUGGUUGUGAAUGAACAACAGGUGGAUAAGUUUCUUUACACAACUCUUAAGUUGAACUCUACCAUUAUGUACCACUCCAGAAUGGCCGCGGUGGUGCUUGUCAGCCUUCCGCCUCCGCCACUCAACCACCCGGCCUAUUUCUACAUGGAGUAUAUGGAUUUGUUGGUGGAGAAUAUUCCUAGGAUUUUGAUUGUUCGAGGUUACCGUAGAGAUGUCGUCACUUUGUUCACGUAGCCCAAUUCCACUACUAUCACAAGGGUAUGUAGUCACAUCGUAGAUAUUUGUUGUAAAUUUAACGUUAAAUUCUUUUUUUUUUUUAUUCUUUUAUCAGUGAUUGUAUUCAGUUGUAUAUUCCGUAGAGAAUUCAUACUUUUUCCUAUUAUAACCUUUUAUAAUGUUGGAUUUAAUGUUCAAGAGUUUCCCGAGAG